GUUUAUCAGUUUCCGGCAGCAGGAAACGAACCACAAAUCUUACAUGAUUUCUUAUGUAUGAAAAGUCGUUGGUUGUUGGUUUCUGGCUGUGCGGAGAGAUUUGUUGGUGUGGCAUUUAUCUUAUGGAUAUCGAUGUAUUGGAAUUAAUGCUCAAGGUCGAAUAAUUAUUUGGUCGGAUCGUGUUGUUUGUGUGUCUUUAACUUUAACAGAGAUUAACGAUUCGUAAGAAAGUAAAGAUUGACUCACUCCUGCAGCUGCCGUAAAUACAGACGGAGCAUAUUUCAUUUAGCAACAGUCUAAACCAGUUUACCUUUUAGGAAGUCUUUAGUUAUGUGUAUGGAUUGCAAAUAUGAGACCCCAAGGUGCAAAUUGGUAUCUUGUAGGUUGUAAAAGUUGCCAAAAUCAGUCUUUUUUUGCGAUUUAGAGAGAUUUUUUUACAUUGAGUGAGAAGAUGUGAUUUUAGUGAAGAUUUAUUUUCUGGUGACUGGACAAAAUUGAAACGGAAGAAGAGUGCAUUAUUAUGGAAUUUACAUCGCUAAAUCGUCGCCACAAAUUGAAGUAUCGUCUCAAGCAACGAAAUAUAGUUAAACGUACAAAUCGUGGCGUCCUGUGAGGAAAAAUUGUCGAAAUGUGGCGCAGGAUUUUAUGUCGGCGAGGGAUUCGUCGCCUCGCCGCUCUUCUAGCCACGAGUUUCGCCACGCUCGGGCUGCUAGCCUUCUUAGCGUCGGAUGUCUACUACAACUCGCCCCCACCGCCUAGAAACUACUUUGUCCCGGAGGACGAGUACUCGUCCCUUGGUCACAUCGUGAACACGGUGAAUUGUCACAUUCUCAACAUUUCCGCCUUCCACACGUCGAUCCUUCCACUCCUCAACGGUUCCACGCCGGGGGGCCUGAACUGCAGGGGGCGUGACGGGGUCAAACAGUGGACGUAUGUCGAUGCCAUGAAAAAGAUUUUAAUCCUGAACGAAACUGCUCUGCACUCUUCGGGAUACUCCAUCUCCUCGAUUUCCUGCUGUUAUCGGUCAAUUCUUCGGAUAAACCAACCCCUCUCGAACUACGGGAUGGAUGCAGAUUCUCUCAUUGACAUUUCGUCCACCUGUCGCCCCCUGACCGGCGUGGUGACAUCCCUUUCCACCCCGGGCGACGACUUUAUCCGGGUCUCUUGCACCUCAAAAUACUGGCCGUUUAGCGGGGAUACCGUUUAUCGGGCGUUUCACGCUGCACCGUUUCUCCAAAAUGACACCGUCUCCUCGAAGAGGAGGGCAAAACUUGGGUGGAGGCGGGCAGAAAAAAAGUCGUCGUCACACGGCGACGAGGAUGACGAGUCGAAAAUGGUAUCGUCGUCGUCAGCACCACCACCGAACGUCAUCCUGCUCGGGAUUGAUUCCAUGUCGAGGCUCAGUUUUGAGAGAAAUAUGCCAAAAACGAGACAAACUUUGAAAAAAUUGGGAGCCGUGGAGUUUUACGGAUAUACAAAACUUGGUGAAAAUACGUAUCCGAACGCGAUCUCUUUCAUGACGGGGUACUCGUCACAGGAUAAAUUGUCCACUCUGAAGGAUGACGAAUUGUCAUCCUCACCGGAAGUGGAGGACGAAUCAUCGUCACAACCGGAAGUUAUGGCACGAAAAGAAAUGGACUUUGGUCCGUGUGAUUUUGCAGAUUCGACUAAAUCUCUAGAUUCUUGCCCCUUCGCGUGGAAGGAUUUCGCUAAGGCAGGGUAUCUCACGGCCUUUUUGGAGGACGCGCCCUACCUCGCGACCUACAAUUACGACAAAGUUGGUUUCCUCCGACCUCCCGUGGACUUUUAUUUACGCCCUUUUAUGCUCGGCGUCAGUAAAUUGGUGGCUCGGAAGGCGUACUAUUACCUGGAAUGCUUGGGCGGUGAAACGGUGGACGAGCUAAUUCAUCGCUACAUUCGAGAUAUCCUCGCCGGUGGGAGGAGUGUCGGGCUGCCCGCAUUUAUUUAUGCGUGGCUCACCAAUCUAGCACAUGGUGAUUUGAACGGGGCGCAAAGUGGGGAUGAGAUUUAUGCCGACUUUCUUAAGAGUUUGGACUUGAAUGAUACGAUUUUGUUCUUCAUUUCGGAUCACGGAUAUCGUUACGGUCCGAUUCGCCAAACUUUUGCGGGUUGGUAUGAAGACAAACUGCCCAAUUUUUGGGUAUAUUUGCCCCCAGGAAUCCGAGCUUCCCAUCCCAAGUGGGCCGACGCCUUGGCGUUGAAUGCAGGCCGGUUGACCUCCCCUCUCGACCUCCACGCCACCCUGACGCACAUCAUGACCACCUUUUCCACCUCCGGAGCAAUGCAGACAGAAAAAAGUAGGAGGUCGACUUCGACGUCACGUGGUGGCCUUUCCUUCUUCCGUCCCAUCCCGUCCGACCGGAAAUGUAGCGAUGCCGGCAUUCCAGAAAAUUUUUGUGCGUGUGAAAUUCCACAAAAGUUGGAAGUUCGUGACCCACGCCUCGUCUCAGCGGCGCUCGUAGCGUUGUCCGAGCUUAAUAAUAGACUGCCCAAGAAAAAGUGCGCCCCUCUCUUCCUUUCGUCCAUUCAUGCUGGUGGAUUAGUUCGUUCGAGUUUCUCAGAUUCUUCUGGCCCCUCGACUUCCGGUUCUGGUCGUAAUAAUGAAACCAUCAUCGUAGCCUUUUACACAACCCCGGGGGGAUUUUUGUUUGAGGGGAAUGUGCAAAAAGUGGGCGAGACGUCGUUGACCUUAACGGGGGAAUUGCUUCGAAUGAAUAAGAUAAGUAGGGACGCUUCCUGUGUGGGGGGAGACUUGGAAAAAUUCUGUUACUGUCAUUAAUUAAUUAAUAGGGAGGAUAUUUAUUUAUUUAUUUUCGAUUUUUUUUGGCUAAGAUAUUUUUCAUAUUUGCGAAUUUCAAUAUUUUAUAAGUAUUUCGUACAUAAUUUGAUAAAUUGGU